UUAUUUAUUUUUGCUCAUUCCAUGAAGGAUGUUCAACUCGUCUUUCAAUGUCAUGUCUCCAUCUAGAGUGUGACAGGAAGUGGCCCAGUGGAUUUCCUGCGUCCUUAUCGUACCACAGGAAGAGGAUGAAGAUGGAGAGAGAAAGAGAAAGGCCGAUGGAUUUGUUUCGAAGGAGGAAGGAACAAGGAGUUGGUUGGGCUGAGGAGGAAAUGGCUUCAGAUAUCAGGUGACAGCUUCCAGUGCAAAGGCGUCUCAGGACUUCCUUGGGGCCAAGUCCGCCACCUCUCGAGGGCCCCGUCACCGGAACGCGGCGGGCGCGCGAGCCCCCAUUGACUGACUAAGCGGCCGUCAUGACAGCCAUGAGGGUUGCGCUCGUGCUUCUGGCCUUUCUGCUGAGCACUCGCGGAGACGUGAGGGCCCGAGACCCCGAGGUGGAGCAGGAGGAGGACGAGCAAGAGGAUUGGGGGACAACGUCGGGCGUCAUCAGUGCCACCGAGGAGACCCCCCUGAUGCAGGAUGGAGGAAACUACCCGGCCCGAAGUGGGAACUGGUGCGCCUUCGUGCAGAAACGUGUGGUCACCGUGGCGGUAGCGUGCGGCACGGAGAAGUACACCAUCAAGUCCCAAAGUCCGUGUCCCAGCGGAACGCCGGACUGUCAUUUGGUCAUGUACAAGCUGUCCACUCGGCCGCUCUACAGGCAGCAGCAGAAAGAGACCACGGCUCUCUUGUGGAGAUGUUGCCCAGGACACAGAGGAGACAACUGUGACGACACAGUCGCUGAUACACAGAUCGACUCGGCAAACUCGUCUCUGAUUGGAGGAUCCGAGUUCCAGAGAACGCCCGAAAGUCUCCAUACCGCUGGCGUUCUGCCCCAGCAACAGCACAGCCAGCCAAACAGUGAGCAGAACGACCACCAGGGGUCAGUCAACACGCCGCACAAUGUCAGCCAUGUUGAGUUUCCUGUGCAUGUCGCAAACGGGGACCGCUCUCGACACCAGGAGCACGCUCAACCUCCUGUCUAUGUACCAAAUCAGGACCGCGCUCAGUAUCCCGCCCCUGUACCAAAUCAGGACCGCCUUCAGCGCCCCGCCCAUGUUGCGCAUCAGGACCGUGCUCCACAUGGGGACCGCGUCCGCACUCCCGUCCGUCUUCCGCAUUCGGACCCUGUCCGAGUUCAAGAACGGGACCCCGGCCAGUACCCUGUCCCCGUCCAGUAUCCCAUCCACGUCCAGGAUCGGGAACCCGCUCGGAACCCGGUCCGUGCCCAGUAUCCGGUCGGGGUCCGGGAAGGGGACCCCGAACGGCAUCGCAUCUCGCAUCCUGCCGGAAAACACGAACAGCAGGAGAGCCUCCAGCCCGGCGCAUACCAGGAGGAGGAGGAGGAGGCGGAGGCAACGUCCCAUCCCGCCGUCCCCGCAGCGCUGCCCCUCCCCCACAUGGUGGCGCUGCUGAUGUCUCAGCUGCAGCGCCCCCUGCAGCUCUUCAACCACUCGCUGGAGCAGCUGGACCGGCGGCUGGGCGAGCUGGCCCGAGAUGUGGCCGAGCUCAAGGGCGCCCGGCGCCUGGAGCGAGACCUGCGCGACGACUACGAGCGGCGGCUGGACGCCAAGGUGGAGCAAAGCGUCCGGCAGGUGGCGGCGCUGCGCGAGCAGCUGGAGAGCGGCCUGCACUCCCAGCAGGCCAUGCUGCACUACAAUAUGAGCAACUUGAAGGCCGACCUGGACCUCAAACUCAAACGACACAACAAGAUGCUGCAGGCCAGCCUGCAGGCCAUGAACGCCACCCUGGCGGAGCUCAAGUUGGACCAGGAACUGGAGCAGGAGCAGCAGCGAGAGCAGGAAGGCCAACAGGAAGCGGGACGGCAACAGGAAGCCCGAGUGGAGGCGCCCGCGGGGGAGGCGCACGCGGGGGAGGCGCCCGCGGGGGAGGCGCACGCGGCGACGUCACAAGUGUCGACCGACGCCCUGUGGGACGCCAUCGAGCGUCUGGACAACAGGGUGGUCAACAACACCAUAGCGGUGGACAGGCUGGCGGAGGACCUGGCGCUGACGUCGGGCGGCGUCCGGCAACUGCGGCGCGACGCCAAGGCGCUGGGCGAGCGCCUCAACCAGACGGCGCGCACCGGCCAGGUGCUGUUCAUGGAGACGGGCCUGGAGGUGGAGGCGGCCAAGGUGGCGGUGCUGGAGCGCGUGGAGCAGCUGGCGGGCAACCUGAGCCGGCAGGGUCAGCGGCUGCACGAGCUGGACGUGGACGUGGACUACCUCUACGCCGUCCUCUACAAGAACAACGCGUCCUCGUCUUCGCCGCCCCAGUGUGACUGCGGGCGCCUCGGCGAGGCGGUGGCCCGGCUGGAGGGGGGCGUGGCCAACGCCACGGAACUGGCCACCGAGAACCGUCUGGCUCUGGAGGACGAGCGGCGGGCGGCGGCGGAGGCUCGGCCGUGGGAGGCCGGCGCCGGCGACUGGGAGACGGCCGUGGAAGCGCUGCAGACGAGCCUGCAGCAGGUGAAGGAGUCGAUGACCUCGGAGCAGAGCCGGACGACGACUUUGGAGUCGAGCGUGCGGCGCCUCGGCGUCCUGCUGCAGGAGGCCCGGGCCCGAGCGGAGACCCGGCAAGACGCCCCGUCGGCGUCGGACGGGGAGCUGCGGGAGGAAAUGAAGCGCGUGUUGGCGGAGAUGAAACGUCUGUCGGCGUCCUUCAACUCGCUGCUGAAGGACGUCAUCCGCCACAGCGACGUCCUGGAGAUCCUGCUGGGCGAGGAGGUGCUGGAGUUCCUGGAGUGGCCCGCCCAGGACCAGGAGGCGCACUCCAUCCCGGCCCUCAAGGAGCGCCUUGGCGCACUCCGGCAGACAAGCGACGAGCCAGGAGACGCGGAGGAGGCGCCGUCGGCCGACGCGCCGUCGUUCCGGUCGAACGAAGGAGGAGGGCCAAUGUCCGCGGGAGACGGCGGCGACCUGUGGAAGCUGGAGAGGAGCGUGGAGCAGCUGGAGGCCAAGCUCCAACGCCUGGAGGAGGCGCCCUGCUGCCGGGACGCCGGCGAUGGCGAGGGGGAGGCGGAGGAGGAGGAGGCGGCGCUGCGCACGGAGGUGGCGCGGCUCAAGCGAGGCCUGGAGGAACACCUCAGGACCUUCAAGGACGUCUUGGGCAACGCCGACGUGCUGGAGAGAAGCGCGCCACGGACUGUUGCCGCCCAGGGAAAGAAGAAGCGAGGGAGAGGCGGACACCAUCGUAACGGGAGGGAGGCGCCAGGUGAGGCGCACCGGCUGACUUGAUUCCAAAAGGGGACAUCAAAUUGACAGUGCGACGGAAAUUCCCUUUGAGAUGGCGCCACGUGUCCCCCAAACGCAUUUUUAACGCACAUUUUUUUUUUCCCCCGAUUUUGAUUUGAUAUUUUCAGUUUUUGCUAUUUCGUCAUUUUGGCCUGCAAAAGCUUGCGCCGUGUGGACUCGAUCACUUUCAGAAAAAA